UCCCCCCCCUUAUUGUAGGUACCUCCGUUGCUGGAGCUGGAUCAUUCAGGCAUCUUGUGGAUUCUUCAUUCUCACGUAGCAUCAGAUUACUACCCGUGUCUUUCUGCAUAGAACAUCUCUCUCUAUUGCCCCAAACCAGGACAAAGACAAAAAAUAAGGGGGAGAAAAAGUAAUUGUUUUGUCACAUUUUUGUUUGAGAGCUGCUUUAAGUUCUUUAGUGCCUCUUAGUGAAACUGCCUGCAUUGUGAGAAGAGAAGCACUGGAUGUUGUAUCUAUGGUCAGCAAAGUCAUGUCUUUUUGGGGGUACAACCUUAAGGAAUACUAUGUAGUCAAGUUGCCUUAGAUCAAACCUUGUGUGUGUUGCACUGGCCACUAAUUCUGUUGCAGCUACUGUAAACCUUUAGGUAUCUCAGUCAAUAGUUUCCACUGUAGUUUGCAGUUAUUUUCUGAACUGAAGAGAGGAUACUCUCAUUUUAAUGUUUUUAUUCAGCAUGGCUUGGGCUUGAGGCAGUGUGGGGGACUGAUUUUAAUUGAAUUCCUGGUGAAUUUCCCAGCCCUUGCAACUACACGGGAUCCAUGCUAUGGCAGCAGCCUACAAACUUGUGGUCACGACAGUGAACUGCUACAGCAGCGUUGUGGUAGAGUGCCGCUUUCAGCACACCGUGCAUUACUGCCCUGGGGCCUGCCACGCAGUCAGGCAGGGCCUGGCAUGCAUUGUGGCCCACCGCAGUAUUUGUGCAGAGCUGCUUCGAGUCCCAGCAUCCCACAGCAAAGGUACAGAUCUGGGCACUAAACUUCCUGCUCCUGAGAAUGGGCCAGCUUUGCCUGGAAAUGAGGACUACCACCAGAUCCUCUCAAGUAACCCACGGCUCAAAAAGGGUUCUUCACUACAAACCUCCUGCAGUCUCAAAGAUAUCACUGGGGAAGCAAUCAAUCUUGCCAGUGGCAAAACAAAAGAAUUCUCAUUUGACAAGCUCAGAAACUCCAGCCAUGUAACCCAUCGAAAGGGAAGGAAAGUUAGGUCCGAAACGUUCAGCAGGCGCUCAUUUGAUUUUGAUUUGAUUUAUGGGCACUUAAGCAAUGAUGAGAACUGUCCUCCUUUUGGCUUGCUGCAGAAUCCCUUGCCUGGGGAGAAAUGGCAGGAGACGAGUAAUUCUCCAGAGGGACACAUAGGCCCUUUUUCCUCCCAAACCUUUUCUGAAGAGAGCUUUAUUACUCAGAUUUUAGAAAAGCACAAGCUGGACACCUCUUCUGGUGGGGACAUUAAAGUGUGUUUGGACAUCCUGCUGAAAUGCUCAGCAGACCUGAAAAAAUGUACAGAUAUAAUAAAGCACUGCAUCAAAAAAAAAUCUUCAGAUGGUCUUGGUGGGGGAAACAGUAAUGACCCCCUGGCCAACUCUGAAAUGAUCUAUAUGAAUUUGAUGUCAAGGUUUUCUUCCUACCUGAAAAAGCUGCCCUUUGAAUUCAGGCAGUCUGGACAUGCAGAACCCAGUGACCUGGCCGAAUUGCUGAAUAGCCUGCACAGUUUGCAACAGACACCCUUUUCCCCAAUAUUUGGUAAUGAGCAACCACCUCGUUAUGAGGAUAUUGUACAGUCGCCAUCCUCCAGGACUGACCACUCCUUUAGUGUAGAACGGCAAGAUGAUCCUCAUGAGAUCAGUACAAGUUGCAUUGCCAAAUCCAUCCAAACUAACACGGUGAGCUUUACCUCAAACUCCCUACACAGCACCCCCCAGGAGCACACCCGAAGAGCUGUGAAAAAUGUUUGUGCUCUACCUCAGUUGUCAACUGCAAGCCCCUCUGACUGCAUGUCUUCCACAGAACCUCUGUACAUUGUGGAAGAGUCAGAUGGGGAAAUAACACCAGGCAAGGUAAAGAAGGCAGAGAGUAAAGGGAACUGGGAGAGUUUAGGGAGCAGGCAACAGAAAACUGGAAGUUCAGAUCCUGCUAGAGACCUUAAAGCAGCACCUGCUGGAGUGCAAGAUGAAGAUCUUGCCCAUACCUCUGAGAAAACAGUCUUGAUAGAACCAGCCUCAGAUUCUCUUCUGGAUGAUACCUCUAAGAGGGAGCAAGCAGAAUCUAAGGCAACCAACCAGGAUGAGAUAGAUAAGCUGCUCUUGGACCUGGAACACUUCUCACAAAAGAUGGAGAACACCCUGAGGGAGCCCAUCAUUAAGGAGAAUGAUCCUGCAUGUAUUAAGGAGUUCAGCCACCAGGGUGGGCAGGCAAUACCCCUCGCUCUUGAAACCAAAGGAAAACUUGCAGACAAAAGCCCUACUUCCCCUUUGUCAAAGAUCAUGGAAACCAAUGGCCAUAAAAUGGAGGAAGAUGACAAAGCUCUUUUACUGCGUAUUCUGGAAAGUAUUGAGGACUUUGCCCAGGAACUGGUCGAAUUCCAAAUGGGCAAAGGCAGUUUAUCCAAAGAGAAGGAAGUGAUGCAGAUUCUUCAGGAAACUCUGACAGCCCCCUCACAGUCCUUUCCAGCUGUGCAGAGAAGCUACACUGAAGCUGCACCCAAAGAUGCUGUCCCAGCCUUGAUUCAGCAGGCCCCAGAGGUGAUCAAGGUUCAAAAUAAACAAGAGAAGAAGCCUGGGAUUCCAUCCCCAGCCCCUUUGAACUCAGCAGUCAGUCCACGACCUCUUUUGCCUGUGAAUAAAGGCUCUGUCAGUGCCCCCUUGUCCAUAAACAUUCCACGUUUUUACUUCCCCAAAGGACUUCCAAAUGUGUGCACCAAUCAUGAGGAGACCAUUGCCAGGAUUGAGAUGGCCUUUACAGAAUUUGAAGAGAGAGUCAACAUUUAUGAAAUGGGGAAAAUUACCAAGAUAUGUGGCUGCCCUCUGUACUGGAAAGCACCCAUGUUCAAUGCAGCAGGGGGAGAGCGGACAGGAUUUGUGUCUGUACAUUCGUUCGUAGCUAUGUGGAGAAAAGUAUUACAGAACUGUCAUGAUGAUGCAUCCAAAUUCAUAUACCUUCUCGCAAAACCUGAUUGCGACAACCUAGAGCAAGAGGAUUUCAUCCCACUGCUUCAGGACGUGGUGGAAACGCAUCCUGGCCUGACCUUUUUGAAGGAUGCUCCAGAAUUUCAUUCUCGCUAUAUUACUACGGUUAUACAGAGAAUAUUCUACACAGUCAAUCGAUCCUGGUCUGGGAAGAUCACCCUAACAGAGAUGAGGAAAAGCAACUUUUUGCAAACGCUUGCCCUCUUGGAAGAGGAGGACGACAUAAAUCAGAUCACAGAUUAUUUCUCCUAUGAGCAUUUCUAUGUCAUCUACUGCAAAUUCUGGGAACUGGACACUGACCACGACCUCUACAUCAACCAGAAGGAUCUGUCUAGAUACAAUGAUCAAGCUUUGUCAAACAGGAUUAUUGAGAGGAUAUUCAGUGGAGCUGUGGUGAGAGGAAAUGAAGUCCAGAAGGAGGGGCGGAUGAGCUAUGCAGACUUCGUGUGGCUCCUGAUUUCUGAGGAGGACAAAAGGAGCCCCACAAGUAUCGAGUACUGGUUCCGUUGCAUGGACCUGGAUGGGGAUGGUGUGCUCUCCAUGUACGAACUGGAGCAUUUUUAUGAGGAGCAGUGCGAGAGGAUGGAAGCGAUGGGCAUUGAGCCAUUGCCCUUCCAUGACUUACUUUGCCAAAUGCUUGACCUGGUGAAGCCAGAGAGGGACGGCAGAGUAACUCUCCGAGACCUUAAAAGAUGCCGAAUGGCUCAUGUGUUCUACAACACCUUCUUCAACCUAGAGAAAUACCUGGACAACGAACAGCGGGAUCCCUUUGCCGUGCAGAAGGACAUUGAAAAUGAUGGCCCCGAACCCUCUGAUUGGGACAGAUAUGCUGCUGAAGAGUAUGAAAUUCUUGUUGCUGAAGAAUCUGGAAACGAGCAGUUACAAGAAGGAUCAUUUGAAGAGGACUAUGAAACAGAUGAACUUCUAUUGCCCUCUGAAACUGGAGACAAGUUGGAAAAAUUAGUUAUCUCAGACCUUUCACCAUAGGAAAAUGGAAGAUGUAACCUGUGUCUGUCUGUCAAUAUUUAAAUGGAGAGUGGUCAGUCCUUAGACACAUAGGGAUUUUAAAAAAAAAAAAUCCUUCUCUUUGAAGCAAUGCAUUUUAUUUUGUACACUGUACUUCAAGAUCCCUGUUUCUCCUUCAUGUAUAACUGCCAUAAGGUUAUUUCUAUAAAGAGGCUUUUUGCAAUGUGUUAUUGUGCACGCUCAUUAAAUAUGGUGACUGCA